AAGUCCUUUGAGUGGAUCGAUACGACCGUUGAGAUUGCGUUGGAUAUAAGGCACUUGGGGUAGCGAUUAAUACACCCUUUCAAUGGAUCUACAACCGUUGAGCUUGGGUGUGGUAUAGCGCACUUGAAGUAGCCGUGAAUAAGUCAUUUGAGAGGAUCGUUACGACCGUUAAGCUUGGGUAUGGUAUAGCGCACUUGAAGUAGCCGUGAAUAAGUCAUUUGAGUGGAUCGUUACGACCGUUGAGCUUGGGUAUGGUAUAACGCACUUGGAGUAGUGGUUAAAACACACUUUGAAUGGAUCGUUACUAUACGAACGUCGAGCUUGGGUAUGGCAUUGCGUACUUGGUUCUUGCUCCACCGACUAUCAUAGCUAACCUCCUCGUCAUGAUAGCCAUCUCUACCACCCCUUCGCUACGAACACCGGCGUUCAUUCUAUUGUGUGGCCUGGCAGUCUCUGAUCUCGGGGUGGGUAUUUGCGGAUUCCUACUCCUUGGAAUACUGAAGGUCACUGAGAAAUCGUUGAAUAUAAACAAUGAAGUCAACAAAGUUGUCCUGCACUUUGUCGCCGUUUCGCUCUUCACCAUCAUCGCAGUGAGCAUAGACAGGUUUAUAGCGCUGUAUUGUCACCUUAGGUACACUGUUAUCGUUACUAAAACUCGUGUCGCCGCUGUGCACGUCGCCAUUUGGGUUACUGCUGUUGCCAUUGCUGUUCUACCUUAUUUCACCACUGAAUACGGGAAGAUCAGGGGUAUUUUAAUGCUUUUCCUCAUGGUUGCAAACUUUGUACUCAGCUUCAAGAUCUACCAGGUUGUGCGGCGACACCACCGACUGAUCUGUAUUCACGACAGGAUCCAGUUUAACCAAGAAACCAUUGUCAGAAUGCGUAGACGAAAGGCUUCCUUUGAUGUGCUCUAUAUUUACGCGGUUUUCUUGGUCUGCAAUACCCCGUGCGUGAUUUGGAUUCUGUUACUACAAUUUAUUAACGACCCGGAGGGAAAAGACAGCUUUAUGUUACGUAGUGCGAAUAUUAUUUUCUUUCUUCUGUAUCUGAACUCACUUUUCAAUCCGAUUUUAUUCUGUUACAGAAUAAAGCAAAUCCGUCGGGCAGUUUUCUCGUUUCUUUUUUGCCGUUCACACAGCCCUGAACGUUAACAACGAGGUUUAUUGUGCUAUUUCUUUCUAUUCCUUGCUCUUUCGAGGAAAUUGAAUCCCUCUGAAAUAUUUGGCCAACUGUUUAGAUAUUUUGGUUGUCUUUUUUGCAGAUGUGAAUCACGUUUUCCAAUGCAUGGUUCAAUUUAUUUUCAUAUACCAUUGGUAUUGUGAAAUUGCUUUACAAUAGCACUACCUCGAUUCAUAUCCAGCCAUUUUUAUUGCUAGACUCUAACACUUUUUAGAAUUAACAAGCUAAUUACAAUUUCUUAUUGCAAAAACUCGCUUGCAAGGGAUGAUGUAUUUUAAUGUAUUAUAAACAUAAAGUGUGAGAAUAAAAUCAACCUAAGUAUA